AUGCCCAAAACCAUCGUUGUCAGCGGUGGUGCCCGAGGCAUCGGCCGCACCAUAGCACGAUACUUCCUCGAAAAAGGCCACCACGUCUUCAUCCUUGACAUCGACGAGGAAGAACUCACCUACACAACACGCACGCAUCUCAAGACCUACUACGACGCCAAAGCCGUCAGCUCAGCGCUAUGCGAUCUUCGAAACACUGACGAGAUUCACGACAAGAUCCAGCAGGCAGCUGAGUUUCUCGGCGGGAGGAUCGACGUGCUUGUCAACAACGGCGGCAUUGCAGCUCCGCAUUGGAAAGAUGGCAAGACGAUGCUUGAUCGCGAGACGUUGAAUGAGUGGCGGGCGUAUAUAGAUACAAACCUCACUGCGCCGUUUGCCGUCUCACAGGCUUGUCUACCUUUUAUGAAGAACGAGAAGGACACAGGUCCUGUGACGGAGGACAAUCACAGCACGGCCGGACCGUGUAUCAUCAACGUUGGAUCAUUCCGUGCGAAACAGAGUGAUCCGAACCAGGAAGGAUAUGCAUCUGCAAAAGCUGGUCUGUUAGGUCUUACGCACAGCAUGGCUGUCAGUUUACAGCCGUACGGUAUCCGUGUGAACUUGGUGGCGCCUGGACGGAUCAAGGCUACGCAUGAAUCGAAGGAGGGCGAUGAGAAUGGCGUUGAAUGGGCGCAUCUGAACGAAGACAAAGAUGUCGAGGACCAUUUAAGCAAUCGCGCUGGAAGACCUUUGGAUAUCGCACAAGCUAUAGAGUACAUGGUCAACGCUGGGUUUGUCACUGGUCAGGAUCUCACUGUUGAUGGCGGUGCGGUCAUGAUCAAGUAG